AUGGUGGUGUCAUUCGGCACGCUCGUGCCGUUGUUGGCAGGAGCCGCCUUUAAAGCGACUCCUGCCGCAGCUGUCGGUUUGACGACGGCUGUUGGUGCGGCGAUUAGUGCGGCCACGGCCGUCAUCGGUGUUGGGAAGCUAGCGAUCGUGCCGAUUCUGAUCGCGUCCCUCGCGUACUACAACUACGAUCUGUUUGAUCCGGAAAAUCGUCCCUUCAACGUGCCGGAGGUUGAUCGGGAGUAUGAUUUCGUCGUAGUUGGCGCGGGAUCGGCUGGAGCCGUCGUUGCCUCACGGUUGUCCGAGAUUGGUGGUUGGAAGGUGUUGCUGUUGGAGGCUGGUGGUCACGAAACCGAAAUAUCCGACGUGCCCAUCCUGUCGCUGUAUCUGCACAAGAGCAAGCUGGAUUGGAAGUACAGAACCCAGCCACAAAAGACGGCAUGCCAGGCGAUGAAGGACAAUCGCUGCUGCUGGACGCGCGGUAAAGUCCUUGGCGGCUCGUCGGUACUCAACACGAUGCUGUACAUUCGUGGCAACAAGCGCGACUUCGAUCUAUGGAGAGCACUCGGUAAUCCUGGCUGGGGCUACGAGGACGUCCUGCCGUACUUCCGCAAAUCGGAAGACCAACGGAAUCCCUACCUGGCACGCAACAAACGACAACACGGAACCGGAGGACUGUUACAAGUGCAAGAUGCACCCUAUCUAACGCCACUCGGUGUGUCCUUCUUGCAGGCGGGCGAAGAAAUGGGCUACGACAUAGUGGACGUGAACGGUGAGCAGCAAACCGGUUUCGCCUUCUUUCAGUUCACGAUGCGUCGCGGCACACGCUGUAGUACUUCAAAGGCCUUCCUGCGACCUGUGCGCAACCGCAAAAAUCUGCACGUGGCACUGUUUUCGCACGUGACUCGCGUAAUCCUGGAUCCGGAAUCGCGCCGUGCGUUGGGUGUCGAGUUUAUUCGCCACGGGAAAACGCAGCAGGUGUUUGCAACGCGUGAGGUGAUCCUUUCGGCAGGCGCGAUCGGUACACCGCACCUUUUGAUGUUGUCCGGAAUUGGACCGCGGGAAAAUCUCGAACGAGUUGGUGUUCCCGUUAUGCAUGACCUGCCCGGAGUGGGUCAGAACCUGCAGGAUCACAUCGCUGUUGGAGGACUGGUGUUCCGUAUCGAUCAGCCUAUCUCGGUUAUUAUGAAUCGUUUGGUGAACCUGAACUCAGCCCUCCGAUACGCUGUAACGGAGGAUGGACCACUAACCAGCAGUAUCGGCCUGGAAGCGGUGGGAUUCCUUAGUACCAAGUACGCGAAUCAAUCGGAUGACUGGCCGGAUAUCGAGUUCAUGCUUACGAGUGCAUCGACACCAUCGGACGGAGGCGAUCAGGUGAAGAAGGCUCACGGUUUAAAAGACGAGUUCUACGAGGACAUGUUCAGCUCAAUCAACAACCAGGACGUGUUUGGUGUGUUCCCGAUGAUGCUGCGACCUAAAAGCCGUGGUUUCAUCAGGUUGCAGUCACGCAAUCCUUUGCGAUACCCGCUGCUGUAUCACAACUAUCUGACACAUCCAGACGAUGUGGGUGUGUUGCGCGAAGGUGUGAAGGCCGCAAUCGCAUUUGGUGAAACGCAAGCCAUGAAGCGGUUUGGAGCUCGUUUCCACAGCAAGCAGGUCCCUAACUGUCGGCAUCUGCCGGAGUUUACAGAUGAGUACUGGGACUGUGCCAUUCGCCAGUACACGAUGACAAUCUAUCACAUGUCCGGCACGGCUAAGAUGGGUCCUCCCGAUGAUCCUUGGGCGGUUGUGGAUCCAAAACUACGUGUCUACGGCAUCAAGGGACUGCGCGUCAUUGAUGCGAGCAUAAUGCCACGCAUUACGAGCGGUAAUAUCAAUGCGCCUGUUAUCAUGAUCGGAGAGAAGGGUGCUGAUAUGAUUAAGGAGCUGUGGCUUUCCAAGGGUCAGUGGCGUCGUGGCAAGCGACAGCAGUUUGCCAACGAAACGGUGUCCAGCGGUAAUCAAACGGAACCAGCUUUAUCGCUUGGGACGACUGAUUCGACAGUGUGUGCUAACGAAACUUCCGUCAGCUAA